AUGUAACAAUAGAUAAGUCCAUUUUUUUAGUGUCAAGAAUAUGUUGCUGAAUUGAGUAAACCUGUAAGCUUGAUUGAAUUUACAAAAGAGAAUAUGUAAAAUUAGUUACCUACAAAAUUAUAAUCAAAUUCUCAUAAUAUGCUUUCAGAUCACAAACAUAAAAAAAGCCUUUAGGAUGAUAAAAGUAUAAAUUUGUUUUAAUAAUAUAGUUAGUUAAUCCAUACAAUUCAAAUUGGGCUAACGUUUUGCUUAAUAAACAUUACAAAGUACAAGUAAGAUGUGAUGCGAGUAAGUGGGUUAUAAAGAGAGUGGCUGAAGAUGAAUCUAUGAUAAGUAAUUUACCAAAUCUCAAUAAGCCUAUUUAAGGCCAAAGAAAACUAUUCUCAAAUACUGUUUCAAAAUAAAUUAAACAAAGACUUAAUAAAUUUAAUGUAGAUUAACAUCGAUAAUAUACUUUAACACCAAAAGAACUUCAUCCUUAUUAAAAUUCAUCACUUUCUCAUUUAAAUACAAACCCUAAUAAUCAUAAUAGCGAUAACAACAAAAAAAAAUAUAAUAAUGAUAUU